AUGGCAACCCGUCGGCAGACAGACGACGAGAGGAUGAGGUCUGACAGACAGCUGGUGGGACCGCGGCCUGCCCCGCUGGUUGAUGGGUUGGGAUACUGUGAAGGACAGAUGCCGGGUCAUGCGAUGUUGCCGCGGUGGUUGCGGCGGUGCUGUGCGGGGCUGGGGGCUGGCGGAUGGCUACUCCUAGCGGUACUGGCGGACUCCAUCGCGGGGUGCCCCGAGGUGUGCCAGUGUGCGGACAGGACGGUGCACUGUGUGGGGAGGGGGCUUUCACACGUACCCAACAGUAUCCCAGCAGACACCACGCGGCUGUAUCUCCAGAGUAACAAGAUUACGGAGCUGCGCAGCCGGUCCCUCAGGCAUGCACAGGGCAUCUUCCUCCUCAACCUCAUGAACAACCAGCUGAGGAACGUCGGGAUCGAGUCGGAGGCACUGGAGCAGAUGGGCAACCUGCGGGGGUUGUACCUAUCCGGGAACAACCUCAAUUACUUCCCACGAUGGAAUCUUCCUUACUUGGAGUACCUGGAUCUAUCGAACAAUGACAUGCGGGACAUCCCGCCUCGCUCACUGGACAGGUUCCACUACCUGAAGGAGCUCUUCCUGAGAAACGUCGGCAUCAGCCGCCUGAGCAGAGACUCUCUGUACGGUCUGAAAAGCCUGGAGGGAAUUCGUUUGGAGUACAACAAACUGAGAAGCAUUCCCACGGACGCCUUACAGAGAGUCACCUCUACAUUGAAACGGUUGUGUUUAAGAGGAAAUCCCAUUGGUAGUUUGGAUCGUAAUUCCUUUAAGAACCUAAUUCGCGUGGAAUACUUGGAUAUAGGAAACACAGACAUUACGCAUCUAGGUAAGGAGGUGUUCACGCCGUUGCCUCGGUUGAUGACUCUACUGCUGUCGGGGAACUCUAGGCUGAAGUUUCUGGCACCGGACGCUUUCACGUCAGCGCCACUGUUGAACUACCUUGCCUUGGACGCCUGCGGCUUCGAAUCACUAUCUCCUCGCGUUCUGACGAAUAUUCCCAAACUGGACUACAUCAUUGGAUGA